AUUGCAACUCUGCAGAAUAUAUGUCUAUUAAGUCAGUAAGUAAUAUGUCUGAUCCAAUUACUUCGAAAGAAUUUCUUGCUUCCAUCGGGCAAAAAGUGUCUGGAACGAAUAACGAGUUGCAAAAUCGUGUUACUUUAUACUCCAAACAUGCUCAGCUUCUUAAUCGAUAUCGCCGUAAGUAUGACACCUUAAAAAAGGACAAAGGAAUUUUCAACCGCAAGUUGCCUGUAGACGAGGUGAAUAGUAUUAGUGGUGUGUGGGUUGUUGGAUGUUAUCCUCCACUCACAGAAAGACAGCUUUACACUUACAUACAGUCAAAGCGAUCAGCAAUAGUGGCAGGUCAGAAGAGCAUGUUACAAAAAGGUUAUUCCUUGUUUAAAAGUCAAAAGAUUGUUACAAUUAGGACCCUGGCAGCAAAAGAAAACCUGUAUAUCCGAGCACACGUCAGAAGUUCAUACAACAAUCUUGUGACCAGAGUGGCCAUAUUGAAAGUCAAACUUGGAAUUCCUCAUUCGGCAUAUUGUGAUUGCCUUAUUGGCAAAUCUGGAAUAUGUUCCCAUGCCAAGUCAACGAGACAUAUUAAAAAAAAAGAUAAUAUCAAGAAACCAGAAACAUUAAUUAAUAUCUUUUCCGCAGCAGAGACGCCAACGCGAGUUAUUUUUCGCAAGAAAAAUUCAAGAAAACCGCGGUCACCUCGAUUCCACAAAAGUAAUGCGGAAGUAGCGACAGGUCAAAGGUUAUGA